UCUCCCUCAGACAGCUCCACAGUUCACUACAGAUAGCCACAGGUUGCUGUCAGACUGGAGCACAACACAGGUGUGACUGUAUCUGAAUGAAAGGAUUCUUUCUGAACCUGUUAAUUAUCAGCCUGGCACACAUUAAUUUCAGUGUUUUAUCUCAGACAUUUGACGCUUGGCUCUCUUCCUUUAUCUGCUUGUGCAUCUUUGGCAGCUCCUUUUUAGGAGCACUUCUGGACCUUCUGGAUCAGACCUGAUCAGUUACAGAGUGACACAUUUUAAGUGUGCAUCUACAAAAAGCCAGAGAAAUGAAUUUUGAUGAAAUUCUCUGUGUUAUUGGAGGCUUUGGGAAGUUCCAGAAGAUCUUGUAUGUAUGGAUCUGUGUACCUCAGAUCUUUCUGGCGUUCCACAUGCUGGUCUCUGUCUUCACCGGGGCUGUUCCUCCACAUUUGUGCCGCUCCACGUGGCCCUCAGCAGGCGAUCCGGCCUCUUCGAACUUCAACCUCAGCCUUCUGUCCACCCCUGAUGGCCGGCCUGAGCAGUCCUGCAUGGUCCCCUUGAACCACAGCAGUGCUGUAGCUCUUGAUGAUGGACACCCUACUGGGAGCUGCCAGGGGGGCUGGGAGUACAGCACAGAGGCCUUCCAAAGCACCAUAGUAACUGAGUGGGACCUGGUUUGUGACAGUGCCAACCUGAACAACAUGGGCUCCUCCGUCUAUAUGUUUGGCCUCCUAGUUGGAGCUGUUGUGUUUGGAAGCUUAGCUGAUAAGUAUGGUCGCAGGAUCAUCAUCCUUAUCAGUCUGGCUAUCCAAGCUGUCUUUGGGGUUGGUGCUGCUUUCGCCCCUAAUUUCUACAUCUACACUGCCCUUCGCUUUAUAGUUGGAACAUCCGUCUCUGGCGUCAUCAUGAAUGCCUUUGUCCUAGGCACAGAAUGGACAGGAUCUAGGCAGCGGAUGUUGGCUGGUAUAAUUACUGACUACUUCUUCGGCUUUGGCUACAUUCUGCUGGCUGGAGUGGCGUACCUCAUAAGAGACUGGCGUAAACUGCAGCUGGCUAUCUCAGCACCUGGUUUCCUCUUCAUCUUCUACAUCUGGGUGUUGCCAAAGUCAGCUCGCUGGUUAAUGGCUAAUGACAGAAAAGAGGAAGCAUGGGAACUGAUCCUGAAAGCUGCGCAGAUGAAUGGGAAGCCCCUCACCAAAGAUUUGGAGAUGUGUAAGGUCUAUAAAAUUGAAGAGAAAACAGAGGUGAAGAAAAAACACUCAUUCAUAGACCUUGUUCGAACCCCAAAAAUGAGGAAGCAGUCUUUGAUUGUUUUUUAUCUCUGGUUUGUCAACGUGCUCGUGUACUACGGCUUGUCUCUCAACAUUUCUGACUUUGGAAUGAACAUCUAUCUGACCCAGAUGGUCUUUGGCCUGGUAGAGAUGCCUGCACGCACCAUCACCCUGUUCACCCUCAACCGCUCCCGCAAGAUCUCCCAGCUAGCUUUCCUGGUUGUGGGCGGCACAGCCUGCCUGCUGACUAUCUUCGUCCCCAGUGACCUGUCUGUCAUUAAAACUGUGCUGGCCAUGAUUGGGAAGUUUGGAAUCACAGCCUCUCUUUCCAUUAUUUACGUCUACUCAGCUGAGGUGUUCCCUACUGUUAUCAGGCAAAAUGGGAUCGGCAUAGGCUCCAUGUGUGCUCGGACUGGAGGAGUCCUGGCUCCCAUGAUGUACCUUCUGAGGAGCGUCAGUCCACAGGCUCCCAUGGUCCUGUGUGGCCUCUGCCCUCUGCUGGGCUCUGCCCUCACCCUGCUGCUACCUGAGACAGCCAACAAGCCCCUGCCUGACACCAUCGAAGACGUGGAGGGCUCCAGCCUCAGUGAGGAGGAUGGCGGUGUGGAGCCAGUCGUCUUCCAGACUUCUCAGAGAAAAACAGACGUCACCGGGACCACCAGGACGGACUGAUGACAACAACAGCACCACAUGUCAGGAGGCAGUCAGUAUUUUCCAGGACUAUUCCAAAGGCAGAAGUCUGUUUCCAUUGGAAGUCAAGAUUAGACUUUGUUUUUAUGGGUCUUUGCAAGAUACCCAGAUUCUGAGCACAGUAUUUUUACUCUUUUUCACUACUUUUUGUACUUUUUUGUAGUUUGUUGUUAUACACCAUCUUUGCUUUUGUGUUAAAUAUCAUCAGCUUGUCAGUGGAAUAAAAUAACGUACUUUGACUGUUAUGUUAUGUUACGUAAUGUUAAGAAUGAAACACACUCCAUCCGUAUGUAUGAAAAUGCAAAUGACAAGGUGCCCAUGACACAGUCAUACAUUCUCAAAGUAAAAUAUUAUAUCCAUGUGGAGUCAAAACACGAGUCCUCAAGGAGUUAUUAUAGAUAUAUAGAAGAUGUAUAGAGUAUAGAAACUGGUAAAACUGGUGCCAUGGCAGAUGUACAAGACCUAACAAAAGCACAAAUUAAAAGAGAGCUUCAUCCUCUUUCAGCUGUCAUAGCAGCGAUUUGCUGCAGUAGCUCGCACUUGUGUCUUGCAAGAAAUUUCAGACACAGCGCUUGAAAUCACAUGAGUGUGACUUACAGUAUGUUUUGGGCCUUAAAGUUGCAUUAAUUCUAUAUUUUUGGUCACUUGGGGCAGCAGAGCAAGCUGUAAACACAACACUGACAUAUUAUCAUCACCUAACAGUUGCCUGUUUGCACAUCCAGCAGACACAGGGCAACAUUAGCAUUCAUUUGGAGUUGUGUCUGCCCACCUGAUGAAUGUCGGUCCGAUAUUCACUUUACUUUUCGCGUCGGUCUAGUUUUCAUCAACUCCCACAGAAAAUAUCCAGCUCUUUAGCUGCUCAGUGCGCCACUGUGUUCACCAGCUUGUCGCUAACUUUGUCUCGCUGUUGUUCUGUGCUGAGCAAUGAACAGUAUGAUUAAUGGAGUUUGGGCCCCUUAGUUGCAAUAAAGUGUCAUCUUAAUGCCACACUGCCAAGUAAAAAUUUUAGACAAUGGUGUUCUUCCCACUUUGUGUAAACAGUUUGUUUGUCCCUGUCCUGUGUCAACAUGACUACUCCCCCGAGCACAAAGCCAGCUCUUAUGCAAACACACUCCUCCACAACUGUCUCGGGCUUACUUUGAGAUGACACACUCCCAAAGAAAGCACUUUGCUGUUGGGAUGUUUGUCUUGUUAAUCGACGCAAACGCGCGGCCCACACAGCCUGGCCAGCCACAGGGGCGCGAUUACUGAUUUGUGCACAUUUUUGUACAUUUUAACUUGUACAUUUCUGUCAUGUGACAUCUGCAAACUGCUUCAUACCCGCCGAACAUUGCUGCUGUGAAAGUGAUCUCUCCUCUCAAUGUCUUCUGUCAGCUUAGUGCAGCCAGUGAAAGCUGAUUCAACUAAACGUCCCGGUACCAGUAUUAUCAGAAUAGAAUUCUAUGCAAGCCCAGUCCUUUGUGUCAGCUCUGGAACCUGAUGAGUGGGAAUAGACACUUGCAGAGGACUUUUAGUGUCAGGAAGUUAAUAAAAAAAGUAUUUGAAAGUCAGUCAGUGAUGUGGAUGCAGUGAAUCUCUGCUUCCUGGUACUCAGGUGACAACACAAGUCCAUGGUCCACGUCGUCACAGAAUGUUAAGUGCGCAGUGUGUUCAGCUUAAACACACUCAGGUUGAUCAGUAUUCACUUCAAGCAGCAUGUCUACAGUAACAACCACCAGCAGGAGCUGUCUAUAAGGAAACGCUGACACUCGCUGGUGUACAAUGAGAAGUACAUCUUUUCAGACCGUUCAUCAACAAAUACUUGAAAUACUAUUUUAAGUAAAAACAUUUAAAUGUUUGACUUGGCUCUUAAGUUGUCUUUUUGAUGUUUUGUAAAAUGAUUGUGCUGAUGCAUCAAUAUACUGUUACCUUUUUAUACACAGAGAUUUGUCUGCGACUCAAGUUGCUGCUGUGAGAAGUGUUCUGACUUUAUUUGUACAAUAAAGAUUUGUUGGCAGAAUUUAUGUAGUGCUCUUCCGUUACACAAGCAAUGCAUUGUGUGAAGGGGUUCAAAUGAAAUAUGAUAAACUGACAGCAGAAGGUAAGCCUUGGCCAGUAGCUUGUGUUUUUAUUUUAAAAGCAGGUGUAACUAAUAACAUCACUACUUUUUUACUUGUCAAACUUUUGGGUGUAAAAACACUGGCAGUCUGGGAAAAGUUCAACAUGCAUUUUUCAUUUCCACGUUUCAUUUUGAUAAUGUCAUAUUAAUAGGGUGUUUAAAUGGACAGAUUAUGGGACUGAAAAUGUGUUCAUGAGGCUGGGUAUAUACAGUUCUGUCUACAUUGUGGUCAGUCGGUGAUUUGAGGGGAUGGCCCAAUGGCAGCACCUCACGACUACACGUUGAUCUUGAAGGUGACAAUACUAUAUAGUAUAGAACUGAGGAUUUAUAGUAUAUAGUUUAGAGAAUAUUAUAGAUCCAAAUCAAAACUGACACAAGGGCGGGACUGAGAAAAAAAAGGCACAAUUACAAAUCCGUCUGCUAUUUCAGCGCCGUGGAUUUAUCGACACACAGCACUGUCAGGCUGCUGAUAUUUCAGAGCCUCGGUCGGGGGCCACAGAUGCUAACUUACACAAACCUCAGUCAGAAAGAGGAUCACUGAGUCAGGCAGACCAGACUUACAACCCCUCUGCCCUGCACGCUCUCUGCUACCAGGGGACGGAGAGGGGGGAGGCAGGUUAACAAGGGGGAAUCAUUUUGGUCAUUUUGCUAACAAGGGGGGUGGCACCCCCCCUCAAAUUGCCUACUGAUUAUUGUAUUAUAUGCACUGUACAAGUAGGUCCUCAGUGUGAACGUUAGCGGCAAAGAUUCAAAGUGUGUGUAUAACAUAAUACCCACUUGUACUGGAUGUAGUAUAUGGAUGACUCAGUUUUGAUUUCAGAAUACUCAGUUACAACCUUAUGAUUAUAGUCAAAACAUGCAAAAAUAGUGACUGGCGACUCUAUUCCAAUUCCAUCCAGCCAUAUCAAGUGGAGGUGUAAUGUGACGAUGUUGCUGACUUUCAUUAUUUCAGUGGAUGAUGUUAGCGUGCAAGUAAUGGUCAUUGUGUGCCUGCGUUCUGCCAAACAGGGACAGCUGGAGGUUGUGAGUUGUGGGAAGCUGGCAGAGGGCAGCAUGGCUGUCAACGCAGACCGACCAGCCUGCCGACAUCAGACAGCAACUGGCACUUCAAUUACCAGAGGGCCCAGUACGGCAGCAAAGGCUGGGACACCACUGCUCUCCCUCCACAGUCAUGCUGUGUCGCUGUGUAGCAGGCAAGACUCAAAGAUCACAAGCUUUGAGACUUAGUUUAUAGCACAGCUCUUAAUAACGUUACUAGGGUUUGACUGAUAUGGAUUUUCCAAUGCUCAUGCUGAUAUUGCUUUUGUAAAGAAGCUGCUGAUAUUUGAUAUUUGUGCCAGUAUUCACUGUUGUUUUAUUAUUUUAAUCAUGGAGAAUUUCUACCAAAAUGUAUUUUUUGAUUAAGGUAAAAGAAACAGCAUUUAGACCACAAUAUGACAAUAAAACCCCCCUCUGACCCCCAGACUGAACAAAUUCAGUACAGUGGCUAUUUAAGCCAGGAUGGCCUACCCCAUUUACUGAGGAGUAGGGGGUCAUUGUGAGGUACUCUAUAUUACUACGAAAUGAAGAAUGGAUUAGCACAAUAGGUGUGACUACAUUUGUGUUUCCGUGUAGCUGAAUACACAAAGAACCUCUCAAAAGUAGGACAUAUUUCAGUAAAUAGAUACAUACAGUAAGAAUCCAAUCCUGUAACGCAGCAGAUUUCAGAAACCAUAUUGUAAUUUCAGCAGCAAUGACAACUAAAAUGGAAAUAAACGAGAUUUCAUUCGUAAAA